CCCGUCCUCCAAUCGCGUGUCAUCGCAUCAUGCCGUCAGGUCCUCUUACGGCACGUGCAAACAGUACGUGCGAAGUGUGCGCCGUGAGGUUGACAUAACCUCAAAGCGUGUCAUUAUGCGUAAUCGAGCCGCGACGGGCGGCCUGAAAGUGUUUUGAGGUCGUCGCGACGGGAUCGAAUCCGCACGUCAUCGCUUCAUCGUUUGCUUAUUAAGAAAAACGGGAAGACAUGGCGAUCGCCAACGUCUUCCUGCGGAUGGACAUCGCGAGGAUCACCGGAGUCAGACAUUUAAGUACAAAACCAAAAUUUGGUUUACUUUUUGACAUUGAUGGCGUGAUAAUACGCGGAAAACAAAUCCUGCCACCAGUAAAAGAAUCUUUCAAACGGCUUCAAGGGAACAAUGGAAAAUUUCGCGUUCCCACAUUAUUUGUUACUAACAGUGGGAAUUCGCUGCGUAGUCAGAAAGCGACAGAGUUGUCAAAAUGGAUCGGCGUCGAAGUCACGGAAUCGCAAGUUGUCCUGGCUCACUCACCGUUGCAAAUGUUUGAUUAUCUACAUAACAAACAAGUUCUUAUAUCCGGUCAAGGCCCAAUAACGGAUAUAGCCCGAGAAUUGGGCUUCAAGAAAACAACAACUAUAGAAGAAGUAGUAAAAAACUUUCCAUGCUUAGAUUAUAUAAACGUAAAAAAAAGAAAUCCAAUUUGCGGUCCGGUUGAUCCAAAUUUCCCACAAAUCGAGGGAAUCUUGCUCUUGAGUGAACCAAUAAAUUGGGAAACAUCGUUGCAAUUAAUGGUAGAUCUUCUAGUUACCAAUGGAAUGCCCACAGGAUUACCUACUGUUAUUCCGUAUCCGCACAUUCCAGUGUUGGCAUGCAACAUGGAUUUGCUAUGGGCAUCGGAAGCGCCGAUUCCACGGUAUGGCCAUGGUGCUUUUUUAUUGUGUCUUGAAAACUUGUAUAAGAAAGUUACAAAUAAAGACAUGACAUACGCUGCUCUAGUCGGAAAACCUAGUGAGAUUACGUAUUAUCAUGCCAAUCAACUACUUGUUAAUCACGCCAGAAGCAUUGGUAUUGACAAUAUCGACACAAUUUAUGCUAUUGGCGACAAUAUUAACACCGACAUUUUUGGUGCAAACCUAUAUGACAAGUAUUUAUCCCGCUAUGAGUCCGGAGAAGGGACUAUGUCCCGCAGCCUAGAAAAACUCCUUGGGAAAAACAAGAAAGAUCCUAGCGCGAAGGCCUGCAUUAGUAUUUUAGUUGAAACUGGCGUACAUCAACGAGAUUCCAAAUUUAUACCUGAACAUAGUCCCAGAGAUUUCUUACCAGUUGACGAUGGUCUAUGUAAACCGGCAUUUAUCGUAAAGGAUGUCGGACAAGCUAUCAAUCUCGCGUUUAAAGAAGAGAAGUUUGAAUAAGUUAGCAUAAUAGAUAACCUUGAGAUAAUUAUAUCCUUAUAUCGUUAGAGAAAAAGAAAAGAGAGAGAGAGAGAGGAAAUGUGCAAGGUAACGUGAGUAUUAUAGCAAAUAAUCUUUUAGAAAGUGUUAGCCUUCAUUAUAGACGACGUUUCGCAGUGGAGAAACGGAAAACAGGAGAGGCUAUAAUACGUUAUGAAAGUAAUAUAUUAUUUUGCUCCUUUUUUUAUAUCUUUCUGAUUCUUUUAAACUGCCUACUUGACA